AUGAAUAAUCAUAAUACCCAUGAAUUGGAACAGUGGUUGCUUGAAGAUUUUCCAUCGGACAUAGAUACUGACAUAGAAAUGUCUGAUGAUGAUGUCGAUAUAGAAAUCACACCUAUCAAACUGGGAGCUUCAAGGGGUUUGGAUAACUCUAUAGUUAUACCUUUUGAAGAAACAGAUUUUCUCAAAAACUCUGCAAAUGUUCAUUCAUGUCAACCUGGUCCAUCGAAUUCAUCACUUGCUAUUCCACUUGAUGAAAUUGAUGAAGAACGUGAUACCAAUUUGGAACCAACACCCAAGAGAAAGAAAAAUCAAAGUUGUUUAAUAAAAAAGAGCAAACAAUCAAACUUGAAGAAAACAAAACCAAAAAAGAAUACAGCUCCUGUAACCGAGGAUGUGACAGAUGAAUACCAUCGCAUUUGGAGAAAAAAGGAAUGUAAAACAGAUGUUCCAAGUUAUAAUAAUUCUGAAGGUCCAGUUGAAGAUUUAUUUCUUGAUACAACUCCUACUAGUGUUUUUUUGACUUUAUUUGAAGGUAUACUUGAUCAUAUUGUAUAUCAAACUAAUUUAUAUGGCACACAAAAAAAUUUAAAUUUAAAUAUAAAGCCAUAUGAAGUUUUGAAUUUUUUGGGAAUUAACUUUUUAAUGGGCUAUCAUCGGCUACCAAGUUGGAAACAUUAUUGGAGUUGUGCACCAGAUUUAUCAGUUCCUUUUGUGGCUGCCACAAUGACAAGAAAUCGUUUUGAUUUGAUUUUGACAAACUUACAUUUAAAUGAUAAUACUCUUAUUCCAAAAGAUAAUAAAGAUAAACUUUACAAACUGAAACCUUUAAUAAAUUAUCUUAAUGAAAAAUUUCAACUAGUAGAAGUACCGUUAAAACAAUAUAAUCCGAUGAAGCCUAUAAAAAGAGGCUAUAAGUUAUGGUGUCUAGCAGACCAAAAAGGUUACAUCAAAAAAUUGCAGGUAUAUCAAGGAAAAGAUGAACAAUUAGAAAAUGAAUUUAAAGAUUGUGGUCUAGGUGAAAGAAUUGAGAACAGUUUAGCAUGUGCAACAAUACGAGCUCAUAGAAAAGGUAUUCCUAUACUUCACGACGACUCAAAAUUAGCAAGAGGAUCUACAGAUUGCAAAAUAACUGACUCUGGAAUUGGAGUUUUUAAGUGGAAAGAUACAAAAUCAGUUUUGUUAGCAUCCAACUACCAUGGCACAGAAAAAACAAGCAAGGAGUGUCAACAGAAAUACCUUGUCCCCAGAUAA